CACAAAUGUGGAUGGCGCAAGGGGAUGGCGGAGAUCGCGUGCUCGGCCAUGUCGCUGGUGAUCUCUCUGCGCGCCUUAUCUGGGCUGGCGUCGCUGCCGGAUACACUUGUCAUCCGCUGCUGCAGAUUCCAAGCAUCCCAGCAUCCCGAACACGGAGAGCCUGACUGUCAAGUGACGAGCUAUGCCAGCUAGCGUCACCUUGUCGCUGGGACGGUUCUGUGCACGACGUAGGCCCACUACGGCACUCGCCGACAUUGAACACAUCUCGCGCACUCGAUGUCCCGCCGCCAUCUCCGCCGUGGCUGCGAGCUGCAGCGGCCAAUCCCAUUCGGGCCGCUGUGCACUCGGCCUCCACAGCCUCAGAAGUAUCCUCUUCUGUCUCGUCGCCCUCCUCGAUCCCAACCCCCAUCACAGGAUGCUGGAUGGGGUGGUCGUCAUGGUCGACGCUGAGCCGGCGGAAGAGCUUGCUGACGAGCGCGUCGGGCGUGCUCACGCGUCUGCCAGCAUUGGUGCCGGCGCUUGGGCCCAUGUCGAGGCGCGAAAAGGCCGAGGAGCUGCUGCGCCCACGGUGCGCGAGCUCGCUGUGCGACAAGUGCAGCUCGGGCGACGUGCCCGGUGCAGGCGGCAUGGUGGAUGUGGAUGAGAUGGGAGGUCAGGUGGUCUGUUGGAGUUAUUAGGAAUGGGUGGAGUGGGGGCUUAUCGCUGCCCCGCAUCCGCCGGGCCUCAUUGGAUUAACCUCCGGAACGCCGUGCGCCCGCCUUGGCGUUAUCACUUAUCGCUCGCAG